UUGUAAAUUAAGCCAAUUUAAAUUAUGGCUAAUCAAGCAAUAAAUCAUUCAUUUUAUAUAAUUGUAUAAUAGAAAAUAAAAAUAAAGUUUUGACCUUUUCUCGCCUUUUAGCAUAGACUCUACCAGUGGUUGGCAAAAUUUUCUUGCAUCGAAACCGAUAUCCAAUAAACUUAUUUUCGAGGAACAAGAUAUAAUAGCAAAGAAAACCUAGAUGGGAAAAUUAUUGUUAUAACAGGUGCAGAUUCUGGAAUCGGUUUUGAAGUUACUAAGGAUUUAUUAAGUCGAGGCGCAGUAAUUAUCAUGGCUUGUCAUAAUAUUAAAAAUGGCGAAAUGGCAAUUGAAAAAUUGAAAGAAGCCAAAUGUUCAGUCCAAAAUUUGAUUAUUAAACAGAUAGAACUUGCCUCAUUUCAUUCGGUCAGAGCUUUUGCAAACGACAUUAACAAAGAAUAUGAAAAAAUUGAUGUCCUUAUUAAUAAUGCUGGAAUUAUGAUGCACCCUAAUAAGUUCACCGAAGAUGAUUUUGAAAUUCAUUUUGCUGUUAAUUAUUUAGCCCAUUUUCUCCUAUCUUUACUAUUAUUAAAACCUUUAAUCAAAUCUAAUAACGGAAGAAUUAUAAAUAUGACUUCAGUAUCUCAUCGAAUUGCCAGACUGAAUUUGAAUUGUAUUGAAAAGAAAAAAGAUUCUAUAAUAAAAACAGAUGAUCAAUCAAACUCAGUUAUAUUGGAACCUCGCGAUUAUUUUGCCAUGAGUAAAUUGGCUAUAAUGUUAUCAACCCGAAUUUUAGCAAAGAAACUAGAAGGUCAUAAUGUCUCAGUAAACACAUGUAAUCCUGGAAUUUGCUUUACAAAUAUUAUGAGAUACAUGCCAUUUUAUACAAAUUCAAUGCUAUACAUAUUUUCAUUCCCAUUCUUAUGGUUUUUUAUGAAAACAGCCAAUGAUGGUGCUCAAACCGUUAUAUAUUGCGCUAUAGAGAAGACUAUUAAAGAUAUAACUGGGAAAUAUUUUCGUGAAUGUGAUAUUGCCGAACCUGGAUUAAAUGUAAAAGAUGAUGAUAGCUCAAAUAAUUUAUGGUUAAGAAGUCUCGAAAUGUGUAAAAUAACAAACAUACCAAUUUUAUAAUUUAUUUUACAUCACAUUAUAAUAAAAAUAUACAUGUUUUAAGUUAAUUUAUAAAAACUCAACCAUUUUCGUGAUAUAAAACAACACAAUAAAAUCAAUGGUAAUAUUAUAUUACAUAA